AACUGACACCUGUCACAUCAAGCAUCUGUCACCGCGACGUCACUGCCUGCAUUGGCACAAGCAGUUCGCAAAUAAGGACUCACUCGAGUCCACCUGUGGCCUUAUCUUGCGUAACUUACUAUUAUAGUGUGAUGGGAAGCCACCACAGCCAUGAAGAGAAGGGUGAGAAGCAGGAAAAGGGGGGAAGCGGGCUGAACACGCCGAGAGGGGGUUCUCGGCGCGGGACCGUCACAUCUGUGCCAAGAUCAGGUUCUGGAGCUGAUAUCCAGGAGCCAGAGAAGCCUCAGACGUCCAUGGUGCCCGUGGAGAAGCUUGGGAAGCUUCUCGCGCAAAGAUCUCAAAAAGAAGAUGGAGUUAACGGCGUUACAGAGAAAUCGUUUACAAAAUAUCUGUUCCCCAUGUACCCCGAGCUGGCCCACCAGUUCUACACAUACAUCCACAAAGUAGGCAAGUGCAAGAACCAGCACAUCCCGGCGUCCGUCUUCAGGGUGCAGUGCGAGAAGAUACUCGGCAUGUUGGACGACGCGGCCAUUAUAGAGACUUACGUCAGGAUGUUUUCCGUAGAAGAGGAAGAAGAAGGAACAGUGUCAGCGGCAGCACUGCGCGCUCUGCUUUACACGAGCUACAAACUAUCCAUGGACCACUACCCUGACGGGCCGCAGACCUGUCUUGCGAUAAACAAGGUGUUAAAUUCGGUGGUGAACGGCUGCUUCAACAAGAAGGACUCCCAUUCCGUGGGUUUUGUUGUGCGCUGGCUGGAGCAGCAUUGCCACCGUCUCAUAUUUCCUGUGCACAGAUACUGCGUCCACAUGCUCGCCACCCGACACCGCGACAUCUCGGCGCACGUAGAGUCAGACGGAGCCGGCGCGGGACUCGAACUGGCUACCCCCGUUCUAGAACGGGCGAGGGCUGGCGUUGGAAACUUACUGCCCGCUAGCGGGGCUUGGUUGUUGGCUGGUACCGCCCCUCCACUCUACAGUAGACCGGUACAGCCUCCCCCACUACCGCAACACGAUUUGGCAUCAACAAGCGAUCCACAGACGGGUACCCUAGCAUCUACAGCAUGGUUGGCGCGACUGGUGUGUGCGUUACCGUCCCACUGGGCCCCGUUAUACAACUCCAACGAACACGGACUGGGCGCUAAUAGAUUCCUAUACCACACACUCAACUACAGGGGCCCGACGCUGGUGGUGGUGGCGGGUGGCGAGGACCUGAAGGUGGUGCUGGCCUGUCCGCAGGAGUGGCGCGACACGCACACAUACUGGGGCACCGCCGACUGUGCCCUCAUACAGCUCUUCCCCACGUUCUCAAUAGUCGAACACGCACCUAAAAUGAUCUACCUGAACACAUCGAUCCGCGGCUACCCGAAGGGCUUGCGGGCGGGCAGCGACCCUCGCAAACCUUUACUUAUCAUCGAAGAGGGCUUCGACAAGAUGUCCUUCAACAGCGUGCCUUAUACGUUGCGAGCGAUCGAGGUGUGGGGCUGCGGCGACCAGACCUCAAGAGAGAACCAGCUCGAAGUGAAAAAGUGGCAAGUCAGGGAAGCCGAGAGACAACGACAGGUGAAGCUAUCAGCGGCCGACUGGAUCGAACACCCUGACCGCUACCUCCUCGAGCUGGCCGGCCGACCCCAAUACAAUAACUCGGCUAGCUAGGACAAUGGUUAAAGGCUCAUUUACAAUGUUUCCUUAUUCUUUUUAUCCCAUCGUUAAGAGCGGGACAAAAAGCAAAACGAAACACUAUGGACGGUGCGAGAACGAAAGAGACGGUGGAUGUUCUCCUGCAAGUUUUUGCACCAUGUAUCUGGGCCUUAAGCAUCUAGUGAUUACAUAAAGGAAUACUAUGGCAUGUAAAGUACCUUGUGUAAUAUAUUGUGGUUGCAAAAUAAAUGAAUUAAAUGGCGUUGUACCGCCCGUACAACUCAUUCACUUUAACCUUUUGGACGCCAAUGACCGAUAUAUCCGCACCGCAGGUUCAACGCCAAAGACCGAUUAAUCGGUCACAGACCACAUAGCAACAUAGAUCUACGUGCAUAUGCAUAAAGUUCUAUUUCAGUUUUGACACUUCGGUGACGUGGCGUCCGCGUGACAGCUUUUGUAUUUGACACGGCGUCGAAAAGGUUAACGGUCAAAUUUGCGGUUCUAAUGUUUUGCACAAACUUUUAUUCCUUUGUUUAUUCUAUAAGAUAGUAACUGAUAUACCUAGAUUUGAUUAUGAUCUAGAUAUUCUACGAAGAAAGGUAGUCUUAGUAGAAAGGUAUAUGAGACGUUUAAAAGUAUAGUGAACGUUUUGAAAAUGAUCGUAAUAGCACAAGCAUUUCUGCGUUCAAAGUGUGAAAAUGUGAUUAUCAAUCUUGUAACAUUUAGUAGUUUUUAGUGGUAUAAGCGUAAUUUAGUUAAACUCUCUUUAUCGAAAUAUAAUUAUAUUAUAUCAAAUUUAAUAUAAGUAGGUAAAAAACUUAGUUCACAUUCCUCUUGUAUGUAGUUGUCAAUUGUUUGGAAAAUGGUUCUAUAUUUGGAAAAUUUAUAAUAUGACGUAAGGUUUGAGAAUAGAAUAGAAUAGAGAGCGUUUAUUCGAGGCACAAUAAAAGCAGAAAACAACACGUAACAAUUAACAUAACAAAUAAAAGCCACGAAAUGGUUCCGACUCAGCAUGGUGCUAGCCUGUUUGCGGACUCAUUAUUUGUUUCGCUAGGAAGUUUGA